AUGGCACCCUUGGAUACCAGGGGGUUUAGCCAGAUGCGUGAUUCCAAUAUGAAUUCCUGCUGCUGCGGUAGCAGGGAACUGCAGAGCACAGAACUGUCUGUAGCUGCGAUAAUACGAGCGUGCCCAACUACACAAAUUCACAGAAACGCGCUCAGUGUGGGUUUGAAAGAACUUGCCCCCACAAGGGCAGAGCACCCAGGCUCGCACCACCGCGCCAUCCCAGCACCUCUGCGGCCUCCCAGCCGGAACGCGCGGCCGUCCCCGCCCCAGGGUGCUAUCCGCGGGCACAAGGGCUCCGCCAGCGCCGGGGUGCUGCUGCCGGGGCUGACGGACGGCGGGGGACCGGCAGCAGCAGUCCCAACCCCUCUCCCGUUCCCUGUGCGGCUUCUCAUGGGUGUUUGCCGCCCGGAUCUCCCCGCUCGGGUGAGCAACGUGGGACUGCCGCCGGCGUCAGUCCCACUCACGCCCGGAGGAAGGAUGUACGCCAGCACCACGUUUUCGCCGAGAGGCGCCGGGACUCGGCCAGCCCUCGGGGGGCCACAGGGCGUCCUCGCAGACACCUCCCUGGCCUGCGUGGGGCCGGGGCGGGGCCCCCCCCUGGGGCUGCUCCUGGUCCUCGCCGCGCUGUUGGGCGCAGGUCAUGGGGAUGACACAGAUGACUUCAACCUAGAAGAUGCUCUGUUUGAUCCUGUCACCAGGCGACCCACUCCCAAGGGCCCCAGAAAGCCAGCAAGUGGGACAGACUUGGAUUUGGCUGAUUACUUUGACACGCCUGUGGAGACUACCACCAAACCAGCCAAGCCAACUUCCAAGCCCUUCUCCAGGCCAGGGAAGCCAGACAAUACCUUUUGGGAUGUCAUUCGCACCACUACCAAGCAGCCAAAAACUACAAGAGCCCCUCCUAAGCGUAACCCAGAAAAGGAUCCUAUGGAUUUUAACUUGGCUGAUGCCCUUGAUGAUGGGAAAGAUGCUGGGAGGCCAGAUGUAAGGCCAGGUGAAGAAUUUUCAGAUGAUGACCUGGCCAGCAUUGUGGAUGGUGGCUACAGUCCAGACAAGAAGAAGGGUGCCAGUGGCAACACUGACAAUGACUACAGUGGAGUGGCAGAGACAGGGACAAUCGCCGGCAUCGCCAGCGGCCUGGCCAUGGCGCUCAUCGGGGCUGUCUCCAGCUACAUUUCCUACCAGCAGAAGAAGUUCUGCUUCAGCAUCCAGCAGGGACUGAACACGGAGUAUGUGAAAGGAGAGAACAUGGAAGCUGUCGUAAGCGAGGAACCCCAGGUUAAAUAUUCAGUCCUGGAAACGCAGUCAGCAGAACCACCAAAACAAGACAGUGCGAAGAUAUAAAGUGUAACCCCAUAAUCAGUCAGCGGCAACAGAGAUCUUACAUGCUUGUAAUUUAGCUUUUAAUUUAAUUUGACUCCAAAGCUAUUUAAUGUGUAUUUAGGCUUGAACUGGCUUUUUACUGCUCUAGGCUUUAGGGUUAGACUGGUAGCAUGUGUUUAUUUUUUUGAAGAGUUUACAUUGAAGUAGUAGUGUAGGAUUGGUGUUCAGUUGUAUGGAAAUCCACAGAAUGUACUUCAGCUAAGUUUUCAAGAGCUUACAGGUGUGAGGACAGUGAAGUGCCUGUAAAUAGCAAUUCAAAGCCAAACCCUGCAAAGCCUUCUGCAAAGCACCUCCAGCCACCUUCUGCGAUCAGCUCCCAGCAGUGUCACUUCCAAUGGUGGGGAAAAGCUGCACAUUUCCUGAGGAUGGGUUGCAGUCCUUCAUGUAGCUACACCUAAAAAUGAAGUGCCUAUGGUGGGUCCUUGUGUGGGGCCUUGGGCUGAGCCAGAUUGACUCCCUGCUCCCAAGCCAGGAGUUGAGGAUGCUUCACCACACCACCCAGCACUGGGCUUCUAACCAAAGGACCUGGUUUUCACACCAAGUCACAAACACAGUUGAUAGUAGUGUGUGCAGUGUUCACUUUUAGCAAAUGCCAUUUGAAUGCUCCACUGUGCUGCAGAUCAGAAUGGAAGUAAAGUGACACAAUUUUUCUUAAGCUGUGCCAGGGAAGUUUAGGUUAGACAUCAGGAAAAAAUUCUUCACUGAAAGUGAUUGGGCAUUGGAAUUGUCUGCCCGGGAGGUGGUGGAGUCACUGUCCCUGGACAUGUUUAAAAAAGACUGGAUGUGACACUCAGUGCUAUGGUUUAUUUGAUGAGGUGGUGUUAGGUUAGGUCAUAGUUUGGACUUGAUUAUCUCAAAGCUCUUUUCCAACCUAGUUCAUUCUGUGAUUCUGUCUCUGUGACAUGAGAUAUAUAUGUUGUCACCACAAUUAAAGCUGUGUGCAUAUGGAUGCUUUCAAGGACAGCUUCAGAUCUGUUACACUGGAACAAGUGACAGAUUUAACCCAAAGGAAAAUAAAAGCAGGUAUUUGUUAAGACCUGUAAUGCUCAGUACUACAACAGAACUCAAGCUUAACAAGAUGCAGUCCCCUCAUUCUUUUAUCAGCAACUAUCGGGAGUGCUCCCAGGCACCCACAGGCAGAAAAAGGAUUUAAGCUUCACUCUUUGAGUCACCAGCUAACCUUUAAAAAAGGCAGUACCUCCUGAGAGGACGAAUCACUGUCCUGCAGAGGGUUCCUGCAGCUGGCUGGGAAGCACUGGGCUGUGAGUGGUGCUCAGCAGGACACUGGGCUGCACCAGGACAGUACACACACAGUCCCUGCCAUGAUGCCCAACCGCUGCCUAGACCCGACCAUCACUAUCUUGCAAGAAUUUCUGUUUAGAUUUCUAAUCCCUCCCCAGCAACCUUUUUGACUGCUGCUAAAACGUGGAUAACUGCCACUUUCCAAUACAUUUUUGCCUAUCAAUGAUUGCUUAAAAAGCAUGAUCUCAAGUGAAGGAAAUUUCACUUUACAUGGUGUAAGAGGUACUCACUAUUUAUAUAUAUAAACCUGAAAUGUGAGCAUUUUGUAUAGGUUUGCAAAUUCCGUGUUUUAUGAAUGUGUAUUAAGAAAACCAAGCCUUUCAGUAUGAUGUACAAAUUCACAGCUUUCAGGCAGACAUGACUUCCAGAAGGCCUUGCCAGGAGGUGAAUAGGCCCAGGAGUAUCACUGUCUAGCAGCUCUAUUUGGAAGGAAAUUGCCUAGUAACUUGGUUAAGUAUUUUGCAAUAGCUGAACAAUUAUUUAUGCUCUUUUUAACAUUUGCAUUUUUAAAGCCUUAUACUAGCUCUAUCAGAACAGCUAAAGUGGUUUAUAAGGUGCCUCACAACUAUUCAGAACACUUAGGCUGCAACAAUACUACUAUGAACUACUGCUGCUUUGCUUUAUGAAUGUGUUUGGAAUAGUAAAGAAAUGUUAAUUGUUGGCUCAGAUAAUGGAAGCAUAAGAAAGAGAUGGGAUGCACUGUUUUCAUGGAGGAAGUGGGGUCUGCAGAAUUUGAAACAGGAGCUCAGGUGCCAGCUAAGCCACACAGCUGAGUUUAUCUCCAGUCCCAGGCACCAGCAUUUGUUUUUUGCUCUUACCCAAACAUUUACGAAAGCUGUAGCAUGAAAUCUGUUUUCUAUAAGUUAUUGUAGAUGAAGUGUUACAACAGGGCAUUGAUGAUCACUAGAAGCUGUUUUCCGAGCUUAGAUCUAGUGCCCAUAAUUCGUCCUCUCACUUUGCCAGUGACCACGUUCCUGCAGAUGCAGAUCACAGGUUUUACCCUGCUCUGCCUGUUUGACCAGAGUGUCGAUAGUCAGUGUGGUUUAAAGAGUACAGCACCUAACUCCUCCUUUGGGGAACUCUUACACUAGAGCAUAGAGGGAGCACAAGUCUAAUUCAAAAUACUGCAGGUCACAAAUUUAACAAAGAAAGGCAGCAAGCUGUUUCACUGGAAAACCCACCCCAGUUUUUUUUUUUUUGGGACUCAGAAGCUGCUGCUUUGCUCAAGGCUCUUCUGUAACAUUGGUGACUACUUACACCUUAGUGCAGUGUGUAGGUAUGUGGAAAUCCAUAAAUGCGCAGUGAAAGAGAAUACUUCUGAAGUGAAUAGUGAUAGAAUUCAAGAUUUCUUUCUCAAGGAUUUCAAAUAGGAAAAUACUUGGAAAUCCUGCAGUAGAGAAAUUAGGCUUGGCCUUCUCUUUAAAACUGAACAAAAGUCAGGAGUCUUAAUGAUAAAUGCCAGCAAAGGCUCAAAUGAUUUUUUUAUUAUUGUCUCCUCUUCCAUCUGAACUGCCACCAGUGUCUAAGAAACAGGGAGUUUAUACAUCAUCUAUGUUUUAGGCAUUAUAGCAACUGAGAGGUUUCCUGUGUAUUUUCCUAGUAGUGAUCCAAGUUCUGGUACAGCUGACCCAGCACGGAACUCUACUUUCAUUUAAUUAUUAUUUAUUCACUUUAAAUCAGGAUAUGGAUUUUUAAAAAAUCCUGCAUUUAAGCUUUGUAUACAUGGCAUGAACUUUCUUGUCCUUUAUAAAAAAAGGCAAUAAACCACUAGAAAAUUGCUUUGCUUUUUUUUUUCAUGAAUCCAAAACCUCUAUAUACAGACAUCCUUAGAGUUUGUGUACUAUAUAAUGCUGUGAGCUGUUUUUCUUACGACACCUCACUUCUUAAGCUAUUUUAAAAUGCAAUAAAUGAUUCAGAAAAGGUUUUGACAAAGGUUAGACAGAGAAAAGAGAGAAGUGAAAGAAUUCAGCUGUUUUUUUCCAUGUUUAUUCCUUCAAUUACUUGCAUUUUUCUUUGACAGUACUUCAUUUCAGAUUCCUCAGCUGAGAAUACUCUGAGACAAAUUUCAGAUCUUUUUGGCACUAUAAACCCAGUCAUUUUCAUGCAACCCCACAAACGAAUCCUUACAAGUGCUCCACUGUCAUUCUUAACUACUCAUUUGUUGUGGUAAAAGUGGAAUCAGUCCAUAAUACUGUUUCAGAUUCUGAAAAAGAAAGAUGAGUCUGUAGGCUGAGGCUUUAAAAAUUGCUUCUUUAACAGAUGUGAUUCAGGAACAAAUGAAGCUCAGGAACAACGGGGUUGUGAAAUUAGAGAACCCUUUCUUUCGAGUGAAGUUCUAAAGUAGAAGCAAGACAGAUUCCUUGCAGCUGAAGAAGUGACUUGUACCAAAUGAAGGUUGAAUGCUACGAUGUUACAAAAUGCAUUUUGCUACUGUGCAUGUAAGGGUCACUGGGAUAAAAAACAGCAUUUAACUACCUUUGGAAAACACCAAAUAAACCAAGUUGUCUAGAAA